UGGUAUGGUUGGGUUUGUUUUUUGCUGAUUGAUAACUUGAACAUACUGUUUCUCGGUUUGGGUGUCACCUUGAGUAGGCCCUCCAUUUUCUAUCUUUUGUGGUUUUAUUUUAUUAUUAUUAUUAUUUUUUUUUUCAGUUCUCACGUUUUACUGAUCACCUUCAUAUAUCUGGAAGGGUGGGGUAAUGGUAGAUGUAAAUUAAGGCACAGGUUGAUAGGGUUAUUAACUCGUUUUGAUGGUUCCCUAUACUCCAGUGCAUCAUUUAUAUUUACCUUGAGCUCUUAAAUGCUUUUGAAUGUUCAGAUUUUUUAGUUUGGUUGCCGGUUUGUAACUCUUACACUACUUUGUAGUAUUCUGUCAUUUUGUUACUUAUCGUUAUGGUUUUUGUGCUUUUGAUGUUGUAGUGGGAUGAUGUUUUGUUCUUUUCUGCUAAACCAUGACCUCCUGUCAGUUCUUUUUUGUUAAUGACUGGACAUUCAGUUACAUGUGCAGGUAGGAGUGCAGAUGAUAGAUUUGCCUGGGCAUGCUAUUGGAGUUGAAUUGAAGAACAGAAGUAGUCCUAUAUCUUCUGAUAUUAAACUCCUCAGGUCACUUGGGCAUGUCCUAAGUAAAAAGAAUUUGGAAGACAUUGUGUGCUAUCCUUUUCAUAUACGAGUUUAUGGGUUCUGUUAUGUGCAUGAUGACUAGGAUGUCCGUGUUCUCUCAUUGCAGGCUCCCCUGUAUAUCAGUACAGGGCGUGUUCAAGGUAAAAAAAACUUUGGAAGACAUAUUGCAUGCUUUCCUUUUCACUUGCGAAUUUAUGGAUUGUGGUGAACUGAGGGCUUCUUCAUGUUCUUGCUCUGAUGUUUCUUCAUAUAGGAAUUCAUCUAGCAAUUUUGAUGUUGGAAGUAUGGGAAGGCUAUCUUUUUUGAUUGAGAAUGAAAAAGGUGAUCAAAAUACAAUCUUUUCACAUAUGAAGGGAAAAAAACAGAGUGGAACAGGGGAUCUUAUUAUGCUGAAAAGGAGCAAUAGUUGUGUUGUUCAUGUCAAGAAAAGUAUUGGGUUUUGGAAAAUUGGGAAGCUUUUUAAGAAAAAAACAGAAAAAGAUUGUUUUGAUGAAAGAAAUAGAGAUGGGCUUGAACUUGAUCAAAAAAGUGAUAUGGAUGUUUCAAGAUCAAGAUCAAGGUCUUUGAGUAGCUUCAUGGAUGGUAACUUUGAAAGUGCUAAAGUUUCUGACUUUAAUGAUUUUGAGCCAAGAAAAAGUGGAUUUGUAGGUGGAUUGAUGGAUCUUGAUGAUGAUGGAGAUGAUUCUAAUUAUGAUGAUGAUGAGUUUAUUGAUUUGAAGAUUGAUUUAUGUGAUAAGUUAAAAACAGAGUGCUCUGUUUUAAAGAAGGAUGAUUCAUUAGAGUUAAAUAAUGGUUGUGGAAUAGGAUCAUCAUCAUGUCGAUUUUCGGUUAGUGAUAGAGGGAUUAAGAAGGUGAAGAACAGUCAUGUUAAGGGUUGGAAGUGGAUUUUUAAGCCUCACUCUGGUAAGAAAGAUGUUGAUCAUAUCUUAGAAUCUUAAAUUUUGAUACUAAGAAAGUUAAAAACAUCAUAUGUAAUGUGAAAGAAGGGUUGAUUUUAUUUUUAGAUUAUGGUUAUGGAAGUUCUUUGUUA